AUGUCGCAGGAAGUGGCGGCUGCAGUCGAAGAUGACGCCGACUAUUCCUUCGCGUUGGAAUAUCACGGGCCGCCGGUGACCCGUGAGCUGCCACGGGCGGUGCCCAUUAAUGUGGAUCGGAUUCCGGUGGCCGCCGUCGUUUCGCCUCCACCGUAUUCAAACACCUUGCCGCUGCCCAUCGUGCAGCCAAUUCCUGCUACGGAGAUAAUCAGCAAGAAGCCGUCUAAGGAUUCGAAAUCGAGCUCAUCUUCCUCGGCGGAGCUGCUGGUCGUUUCCCCAACUUCGGUGAUUGCAUUCGAUCCGCGGAAUAAUGAGGCCAGCGAGGGAUCUUUCAGUAAAGAGCUGGGUUUAGGGACGGAGACUAGUGUUUCGCCUAGCUCGAUUGACGAAAGAGAUGCCGAAAAUUGCCUCAAUAACGAUCCUUCUGUCUCAUCCGGUGAGUUGACUAGUGAUUUGGAGUGUUGUAAUCGUGAUGGUGAGUUGACUAGUCGCGAUAUCUCGUGUGAGUUCACAAGCGGUAUAGAGAGCUCGGGGGCUUUAGGCUCAUCGUCUGUAUUUAGCGUGGAUUACCUCUCGUCUAGGGUUUCUUCUAGUAAAUUUGGAAAUGCAAAUCGCGAAUCUGAUUGGGACGCGAGGCGUUCCUCUGUGAUGACUUUCGGUGAUAUCGAGUCGGAUGAUGAUGAUCAGAACACUACUGAGGAGUUUACUCGAUCGGAGCCUGAGCUCGUGCCGCGAGUGAGAAAAGAGCCUGCAGUUAGAAUCAAGAAAGGAGCGUGUUAUAGGUGCUUGAAAGGCAAUAGGUUCACAGAGAAAGAAGUUUGUAUGGUUUGUGAUGCUAAAUACUGCAAUAGUUGUGUUCUUAGAGCAAUGGGGUCCAUGCCCGAGGGCAGAAAGUGCGUGACUUGCAUUGGGUACCCUAUUGACGAGUCGAAGAGGGAUUAUUUAGGAAAAUGCUCGAGAAUGCUCACGCGACUUUUGAAUGAUCUGGAGGUUAGGCAAAUAAUGAAGGCCGAGAGAUUGUGUGAAGUGAAUCAAUUGCCACCGGAGUAUAUUUGUGUGAACGGUAGGCCUCUUUAUCCCGAAGAGUUGAUUUUGCUGCAGAGCUGCUCGAAUCCACCGAAGAAGCUGAAGCCAGGAAACUAUUGGUAUGACAAAGUAUCGGGACUUUGGGGAAAGGAGGGACAGAAGCCUUCUCAAAUUAUUACCCCACAUCUCAAUGUGGGGGCUCCUAUUAAGCCAGAUGCUAGCAAUGGGAAUACCAAAGUUUAUAUAAAUUGCCGUGAGAUCACGAAAGUGGAAUUACGUAUGUUAAAGUUAGCUGGGGUCCAAUGUGCUGGAAAUCCACAUUUUUGGGUGAAUGAUGAUGGUUCAUACCAAGAGGAAGGGCAGAAGAACACAAAAGGCUAUAUCUGGGGCAAGGCUGGAACAAAGCUACUUUGUGCUGUACUUUCUCUUCCGGUUCCUUCUAAAUCAUCUCAACCUUGUGGAGAGCAAGUAACUAGCAUGAGUAGCCGGAGUAUCCCGGAAUAUCUUGAACAGCGAGAAAUUCAGAAGCUUCUCUUGAUUGGAAAUAGUGGAUCUGGGACAAGCACAAUAUUUAAACAGGCAAGAAUUCUAUACAAAGAUGCACCUUUUUCAGAGGAAGAUCGUGAGCAAAUUAAAUCAGUGAUCCAGAACCAUUUGUAUAGUUACAUCGGAACAAUUCUUGAAGCUCGCGAGCGUUUUGAAGAAGAAAGUUCUACGUCAACAACACUUGCAGGGCAUAUCGGGACUGACGAGGAGAAUCCUUAUUCCAUUUCUCCACGUUUAAAGUCAUUUUGCGAUUGGCUCCUUAGAAUUAUGGCAUCAGGGACUUUAGAGGCAAUAUUCCCUGCCGCCAGUCGAGAAUAUGCACCGUUGGUUGAGGAGCUGUUAAGAAGUUCGGCUUUUCAGGCAACUUAUAAACGGAGAAAUGAAUUGGAUGCUCUUCCCAAUGUUGCAAGCUAUUUCCUCGAGCAGGCUGUUGAGAUACUGAAACCCGAUUACAGACCGUCCGAUUUGGAUAUCCUUUAUGCCGAGCGUGUUACUUCAUCAAACGGGCUUUCAUGCGUGGACUUCUCAUUCCCCGACUCGACAUAUGACUAUAAUAUCGACAGUGGUACUCUACGUGAUUCCAUGCUCAGGUAUCAGCUGAUCAGAUUACAAGCCAAAGGAUUCGGAGAAAACUGCAAGUGGCUUCAGAUGCUCGAAAACGUUCGAAUCGUCAUCUUUUGCGUCUCGUUGAGCGACUAUGACCAAUUUGCCCCUGACGCAAACGGUAACCCACAGAACAAAAUGCUCUCGAGCAAAAAGUUUUUCGAGAACAUAGUGACCCACCCGACAUUCAGCCAAGUCGACUGUCUUCUCUUAUUGAACAAAUUCGACGCAUUCGAGGAGAAAAUCGAGCACGUCCCUUUGAACCGAUGCAGCUGGUUUGAUGAUUUCCAGCCAUUGAUGAGCCGCAAUCGGUCGAGCAGAAGUCAUCAUCCGACUUUGGGGCAUUUGGGCUUUCAUUAUAUCGCUGUUAAGUUCAAAAGACUCUAUUUUGGGCUAACGGGUCGGAAGCUCUAUGUGUCGGUUGUGAAGUGUCUCGAGCCGAAUAGUGUCGAUAGGGCACUUAAGUACACGAGAGAGAUUUUGAACUGGGAUGACGAGAGGGCGAACAUCAGUUUGAGUGAGAAUUCGUUUUAUAGCUCCGAUGAAAGCUCGAACUCUCAUUGA